AUGAAAUUUCUCAGGAAAAUCUUCUCUUCCAAGAAAUCCUCGAAGAAAACAACCGAGACGGAGAAAAACUUGAAAAUCCUCUGCCUCAAGCAGCAAGAAGAGCUCCUCAAAAUGCGAGAGGAAAUGGAAGCUCUUCAAGAAAAAUACAAUCGAGUCAAUAAGCGAAUUUUCAAAGCCAAUGCUCCAUUUUGCAGAGAUUAUAAUUUCAGAAUGCCUCGAAAAAGAAAGCAAGAAGCAGAGUCGGAGGUGAAAGAAGAACCGGAAAUCGACGAAAAUGAUCCGCCACAGAGUUUGAGAAGGUCUAAAAGAAGCCGAACUCAGGUCAAAAAGUACGAAGAAAAAGAAGAAUACAACCCUGCCGAAGACGAUGAAGAUUUCGAAGAAGAGUCUUCUCCCGUUCGAAAGCCCAAAAAGGCCCCGACAAAAUCUUCCGCUCGCUCAUACUCUGGCGCGUUUAGAAACUCCAAGCAGCUGAAUCGCCAUCCCAAAUCAAUCGCCAAGAAAGACGGCAACAUCAGCAAGAUCUCCUUCAACGACGCCGUACCCGUCGACGCUGAAUGCCCCUUCCAAGACACUUACAAAGUGUACGCCGAUUCCAGAGGCGAUCAUUACCACGCGAUGCUGAAUCAAACGAACAUAGCGCAGAACAACAAUAAGUAUUAUCUUCUACAAGUCCUUGAGCAUCGAAAAGGAGAAGGUUACGCUGUCUGGUUUCGUUGGGGAAGAGUUGGGAGGAUCGCAGGGACAAUGCCGUGUACUUAUGCGAAAGGAGAAGAAGGACUAGAGGCGGCGAUAAACGAUUUCUGCAAGAAGUUCCACGACAAAACGAAAAACGAGUGGUGCGAUCGCGCAAAUUUCACCAAAUACAGCGGCAAAUAUGACUUUGUCGAGCAGGACUUUGGCGCUACCGUGAAAGAAGAAGUCAAAGAAGAACCAGAAAAUGAAGAGGAGGGAGAAGUGAAGAUUGAACCGUGCAUGCUCAAUGAAGAGGUUCAAGAGCUGAUCAAGAUGAUUUGCGACGUGCGAAUGAUGGAGAGUUUCGCGAAGGAGAUGAAAUUCGACAUUGAGCGUGCUCCGCUCGGCAAAUUGACCGAAAAGCAGAUCGAAAACGGCGUCAAAAUCCUCAAGAAAAUCGAAGAUGCAAUCUUUCACAGCUCCAACUCUGCUCUGUCAAAGUUGACGAGCCAGUUUUACACGCGAAUUCCUCACGAUUUCGGAAUGACAAGACCGCCUGUUAUCAGCUCGCUAGACUUGGUAAAGGAAGAAUACGAAUUGCUCGAAUCGUUGAGGCAAAUAACCAUCGCUAUUAAUGUCAAAGAAAGCGGAGGAAAGCACAUUGAUCCAACAACAAAAGCAUUCAACAACCUCUGUUCUUCGAUAGAACUCCGUACCGGCGCCGAAUUCGACUUUGUUCAGAAGCUACUUACAGACACUCACGGUCCCACUCACAAUGCAUACACUCUUCAACUCGAAUCCCUCUUCCUCGUCCAGAGAGAUGGAGAAAAGGACCGCUACAACAGGAAAAUAGGAAACGAUACACUUCUAUGGCACGGCUCCAGGACGACGAACUUUGCCGGAAUCAUCAAAAACGGGCUGAGAAUUGCUCCUCCAGAAGCGCCUGUUACUGGUUAUAUGUUUGGAAAGGGCGUCUAUUUCGCUGAUUGCGCAUCGAAAUCUGCAAACUACUGCCACGCGAACGAAAGUGAUCCACAUGGAUUGUUGAUUCUUUGCCGCGUUGCAUUGGGCAAGGAGAAGAUUCUAUACGCAGCAGAUGGCGACUUGCCUGGGAAUCUCGGAAACCAUGAUUCGAUCAAGGCAAUUGGCCAGAAUAUACCGUCAAAGGAAGAGACGUUUGCGGAAUCUCUUGUUCCUUCCGGAGCUUUAGUUAAAUACGAAAAGCCAGAGCUGUGUUCGCUUUUGUACAAUGAGUACGUCGUCUACGAUACGAAGCAGAUCGAGAUUCUUUACGUUGCGAAAGUCAAGUUCGAUUAUGGAAGCGACUCUGAAUGCCCCUGGUGA